UACGCCACAUUACAGAUAUAUAGUCUUCAAUCAAUUCAACAUUUGGUCGACGUACAGGUUCGCCUAAAUUUCGGGAUGGCCGACGUUUCUACUUGGACAAUUUGUGGUUUAAUUUUCUGCCUACUUCAAACACAAGGCCAUGUCUUACGGGGACUGGGUCCCGUUGCUACCGACGAUUCGCUGAAACCCCAAGUCCGUCGUUGUGACUCAGAGGAACUGGACUUUAAAAUGGAAUUGCUCCCCGACGAACCGCUGCAGCUUUCAAGAAAGCGAUAUGAUUUAACGUUUGAGACUACAUGGCCACACGACCUUACAAGUGGAGUAAUAACAACAAUGCUAUAUCUCGAAGAUAGAAUGAUUUUGGAGUAUAGUGCCGAUGCCUGUAGAACUUUUGGUUUGAAGCGUUAUAAAACAGUGGGUAUUGCUUGUCCACUCAAGCAAGAUGAAACCUACUAUUACAAGGGACCUUUUGUGUUGCACUGGGAUAAUUUUACUGCAGAACCGGGACACUACCAUGGAAACAUCACUAUUCAAAAUGAAAACAAUGAACCGAUGUUCUGCGCCGAUGUCAGUUGGACUAUUUUGGGAUAAUUGAAUCGAAGAAUAUGAUCCGAACAAAUAUUCAACGUUUUUUUUUAUUAUACAUGUUGUCAUGCAGUUUAUUUGUAAAUCUGAUUAAAAUCUGAUAUAGGUAUUAUACGGAUCGAGGUAUGAUACAGAGUAAAUAUGAAAAACUAUAUCUUACUAUAAUGGUAAACUAUACGAAAUGAACAUUUCAUUAUUAAUUUGUCAAACAAUAGAAUAAGUGUAGAAAAUAAUAGUAGCCAG